AUGUCAAUGAUGUGCACAAACACUGCGGGCUCCUUCGAGUGUGGCCCGUGCCCUGUCAACUACAAAGGCGAUGGCAAGACGGGAUGCAUCCGCGAACCGUCCCUGGAUGUCAUCGACGGCAACCUGGUCUUCCACAUUGACGACGCACACGACCUCGCUAUUCGCGGCGUCGCCGCAGAUGGAGAAACGACCACCUCGCUCCGCUCCGCCGUCAGCGCUGCCCUUGCCACCAAACAGGAUUUGGCGUCGACGAAAGUGGAUGUGCGCCUGUCCCUCGAAAGCCUCUCCACCCACGUGUCAACACAGACGGAAGGCAUUGAUACGCGACACGAUAUGCUGUCCAUGGAGGCUGGAGACGUGAGCCUGGCUGUUACAGCUGUUAAGGGCGAGUUGGAGGAUGCGGUGUUCCGACUCGGCAACGUCUCUGAGCUGGCGGACGCUGGACACACACUCGCACGCGCUCUGCAAGAGGAAAUCGCGGCCCUCACGCUGCAGCUCAACACCACGGACUCAACCGUGGACCACACGCUCUCGCUCAUCUCGGGCCUCGACCAGCGCAUCGGGGAUGCGGAGGAUUCUCUUGAAGCGUCAAUCGUCUCACUCAUGCAGCGAGUUGAUCGCUCGGAAUCAAACCUUGCUGCCAUGCGCGAGUGCGCACUGAUGGGCAUGGUCCACGAUGGGGCCCAGUGUGUUCCUGCAUGCACGCGUUUGUCGGCCUGCGACGGUGCACCCUGCUCGCUCCAGACACGAGGCACCCUCCGCUACCUUGAUGACAAGGCUGAGAUCUGCGAUGGCAACGAGUACACGAGCAUUGGCGCCGUCACCACCGGCAUCUCGCCCGUCGAUCCCGCGGAAUCGUGCCAGGAGUUGAAGGAUCUUGGUUACGUGACCGGUGUGUACUACAUCGGCAGCGGCACACAGGGCCGCACGCGGCUGUGCGAUCUCUCUGGCACCACGGGGGUCAAUCUUGGUGGCGACGGCACCUCUGAACAGGACGCAACACGCGACUGCAGCAAACUGUCCAAGUACUUUGGACUGGAGACCGGCCUCCACUGGAUCGAGGGUGACGAUGGUCAAGCGUACGAGCUCGUCUGCGACACCAAGACCGGCGACAUCUCACUCGAUGGUUCCUCGCCCUCUUUUGCAGCAGAAUCGUGCAAGGCCAUCAACGCUGUGUACCCUGACCGCGCCACCGGCACACGCUGGAUCACUGCGGGCCUUCAAGACCCCUUCAAAGUGACGUGCGUGGGUGACUGGGUGGAGCUGAAGAUGAGUGGAAGCGAUUUCGCCGACAAUGCGUGGAUGUUCUCAAGCUCGUGCACCAACACCUGGACAAAGUGCAACUGCUACAACGGCUUGGAGAACCGGCGCAACAACUGGCAGUGCGGGGUGGUGCCGCCUCAGCUCCACACAAUGGACUGCCAGUCAUUCUUCGACAUUGGGUACACAUCUGGCACUACCCAACUCUCUGACGCCCAAAUCAUUGCCCUCUCAGGCCGCGCCAAGAACGACAACGACCGAAACUUCAACAUGUACUCAGUGUCGUGCGAUGACGACAAUCAAUCGUAUCCUGACGGCCACUGGAUCGGCAUUGAGAGAACGCCGGGCAGCAAUAACUUCGUCUCUCGCGACUGCACGUCCGGCAACAACGGGUGCUGCAGCAAACAGCUCGUCGACAACUUCGACACGUUCCCACUGCCGCUGCGUGGCUGUGCGUCGCUCAACACAGGCGGCGGUAUCAUCUUCUACGCAACAUCGGCCACCCUCCGCAUCCGCAUCUGA